AUGGAGAAAUGCCUGGGUGAAAGUUCAUCUAGAACACACUCAGAAGCAGUAUAUGGUCUCCAUACCAUUUUAGACAGGAAAAGUCUAUGGAGUGGCUUAUUAGGGCAUGUUCAGAGUCAAGAACUUAUGAUUAUAAUUGGAGAUUAUAAUGUCAUAUUUAGUUCUAAUGAUAGAGCUAAUUGGACCCUGGUAACAGAUGCUGAAACUGUUGAUUUUGAAGACUUCUUACUUCAAUCAAGCUUGAUAGAGGUUAAGAGUAUAGGGCUCUUCUAUUCCCAGUCUAAUAGUAGUGUGGGGAGUGAGAGGGUGGUUAGAAAAAUUGACAAGACCUUUGUGAACCAUGCCUGGUUAACAAUGUAUGCAGGGGUUGUUAUGCAAUACCUAGCACUUGGGAUCUCUGAUCAUUCCCCUCUCAAGUCUGCUUUGCAGGCUGAUAGUCAGCAAGGUGGCAGACCAUUCAAAUUCAUGAAUAUUAUGAUUGAUCGUGUUGAUUUCCUUGACACUGUGGAUAAAUCCUGGAGCUCAGUUAACAAAAUAUAUAAACCACAAUCAGUCUGGUUGAAAUUAAAGGCUGCUAAGAAAGACUUGAAGAUGAUGCACACUCAUAAGUUUGGAAAAGCGCAUGACAAGGUGGAGUAUUUGAGACAAAAGCUUUCUAAUUUACAAAGUCAAUCUGAUUUUAACAGUAAUAGGGAAGCUCAGAGUAAUGCAAAGGGGGAUGCAAACUCGAAAUUUUUCUUCACAAUUAUCAAAGCUAGGCAUGCUCAAAACAGCAUUGACAUGCUUACUGAUGAUAAUGGAAGGUUGAUCACAGGAGCGCAAGAGAUCAAAGAGGAAAUUCUUGCGUUUUACAAGAAGUUAUUGGGCUCAAAGGCUCCUUCAUUAUCAGGGAUCGAUUUGAAUGUGGUUAGAGCAGGUAAAAGUAUUUCAAUGCAGGCUAGAGAAUCUCUAGUAAGGGAUGUCACUCAUGAUGAAAUUGAGAAGGCUUUGGCUGGAAUUGGGAAUGACAAGGUCCUGGAUUGGAUGGGUUUAACUUAUUUUUUAAGAAAAGCUGGAUUGCCAUAA